GUGUGUAUGUGUGUGUGUUUAUGGGGUCGUGUUGAAAAGCUCAGGCACUUAAAAACGCUGUCACAAACAGAACAAACUCAGUUCCUCGAGCUGUCAGUGGCAGUAAACUGACUCACCCCUGCACUGCUCCUGACUCCUGACUCGGAUCUCUACUGCCUCUCUCUCUCUCUCCUCACAGAUCCCACGCUCCAUCGAAGAAAGGGAAGGACUCCAUUCAUUUCUCUUCAGACUGAUGAGCCUAAACAGCGUGAUGUCUUCAAGUUCCACAAUCAGUUAUGGGAUAAGUGACUGGUAGCUUUUACAACCUUAACAUUCAAGUGUCAAGAUGUUUGAUGUAGAAACCGAAGAGAUAAAGGAACUCCCGGAGUCUGGGGACACAGGGACACGUGCUACAUGCUGCACCAUGGACAUGAAGGAGGAGGAUCGCCAUGACAACCAUCCAGUCGAGGAGCAGCAGAAGACAGAUGCACAGCAAAAGCAGCUUAAAAGAAAUCCAAAGGCCAAAGGGAAACUAAUCAGGAGUUCAGCUGUGUGCGAUGACUCUUCACCUACCGAAUCGAGCAGCAAGGACUCUGAGGGUGAAAGGUCACUGACAACCAACAUUUUAGAGUGUGGAGAAGAGCAACAGGAGAAUUGCAAGGACAGCAACACCACAAAAAAGCCAAGCUUAUCCAAAGAACCAAGUCUGGAGUACACCGACUCAACAGGCAUCGAUUUGGAAGAGUUUCUGAUUACCACUCUAAAGAGCAGUCCCAGGGACAGAUUGAUGCUGCUGAAACUGGAGCAGGACAUGACUGACUUUAUGACAGACAACUGCUCUUAUAAGAAGUUUCCUCAGAUGUCCUCCUAUCACAGGAUGCUGGUUCACAGAGUAGCGGCGUAUUUUGGACUGGAACACAACGUGGAUCACAGCGGAAAAGCCGUCAUUAUCAACAAAACCAGCAACUCCAGGAUACCAGAGCAACGGUUUGCUGAGCACGUCCAGGAGGAGAGAAGCGAAGAGAAAAGGUCGAUACUAAAGAGAGACAAUAGCCAAGAGAAAGAAGACAGUCAGAGGGGGCCACGGCUGAAAGAGCAAACGAAGAGCAAGUCUUUCGAGGAGCGAGAAGAAGAGUAUCAGAAAGUCCGAGAGCGAAUCUUCUCUCAGGAUUCGGCCUUUCCUGCUCAGAGUGUAUAUAUCGAGACCAGAGGUCCCGAGGACUGCUGUAAUAUGCACAGUGAGACUCAAAGGAGGAGACAGCUUUUUAGGGGUAGCAGGGACGGAUCAGGGCAGCUUUCAGGCAGCAGACAGAGCAGCUUUGAGCUGGAGUGUCACUGGAAUGAUCCUCGACCCUGGAGCAGCACUGACUCCGACAGUUCCACCUGGAGCUCCAAACCCACACACUCGCACUUAGACAACAAUCCCAAACUCUGCAAGCCAGUGACAGACACAGCAGUCAGUAAUGGUUCCGCCUAUGUUCUAGUGCCAACAGAGUCAUCCAUACUUCCUGGGACUAUCCUACUCAACCCAAACACGGGUCAGCCGUAUUUAAAUCCUGAUGGAACUCCAGCUGUUUACAAUCCACCAGUGAGCCAGCAGCCUCUGAGCAAUCAGCUCAACACAAUGCAGCCACAGGCCCCGCCCCCUCCCCAGCCACAGCAGCAACCGGUGAUGAACCACUCUCUUCCACAGGUUCAGUACUCCGCUAUGACGUACUGUCCUUCACAGCAAGUGUUAACUGUCUCUCCUUCACAGUUUCACACCACAGAGCAGAGUAGGGAGGACUUUUCAUCUCAGUUUGGUCACAUGACGUUAAGUCAUCAGUCUGUAGGUGAAACAUCAGACUUGUCCACCUACUACCUGCCCGGAGCUCCGCCCCCACACAGCUACACACAACCCCAACAGAGUUACGCUCCGCCCUAUCCUUCAGAUAGCUACAUGGGCUCAGGAAUGACUCUGGCUACGCAUACAGCAGGACCUACGCCGACCUGCGGCCAACAAACCAACCAGGCCCCCAUGUAUAAUUAUCCUGCUCAGUGUGCCAACACAUCUCAACAGUACGGACCAGCCAGCUACGCCACGCAGACUGGCACAGGUUACACUGCUCUCUUAACCAGUCAGCAACAAGCUUACUCGAACAUGGUGGGAGCUCCAGUGUUACCGCAAACGCAGAACAGCAUCCUUGGCUCCUACCCUUCUACGCCACCCUAUCAGAUGGCCCCACCGUUGCAGCCGUACCCUUCUACAGUGUUGGUUUCCAACAGGCAGGCUGGGCAGAACCAGAGUGCAGGACCUCCAGCCGGAGUGUCAGUUUAUUGCAACCCUAUGAACCACUCGCCACCUCCACCUCUCAGUGUGGGCAUCACCUGCCAAUCAGGCAGCUGCAGAAAUACGUGCAAUAGAUCCCAGAAUCAGUGUUGGUACUAACACAUGCACACACACACACAUGUACUGUACACUCACACGAAUUUAGCACAUUGUAGCCGAGGGUCUGAGAACCACCAUGCAGGAGUACUGUAGCCCUGGCAUUUUACAAGUUAAAUGUCUCUCCCUAUUUCCCUCUCUCUCUCUCUCUCUCUCUCUCUCUCACACACACACACACUCUCACACACACACAUAGAAAUAUGAAAUCCAGAAAGAACCAGUAUUUUCUACUCACCAGCUACACACUGUGGCGUUCGUUUAAAGUGUCAAUCACUCCGUCGCACAACCGUUAUUCAGAGAAGCAGCUCAGUGUGGGCACAUCCAGCCUUUCCUGUUGAUAGCAUGAUGUUUUCUUGGAAAUGUUCUUUUACAUACACUGACGUGUGAAUAUUUUGUGCCAUUUGCGUCAGAACUGCUGUGUUUAUUUCCAUUACCUCCACCACUUCAAUGUAUAAUACUGUGUGUAUUGAUAUUAUAAUAAAAUAGUUAUUACAUAUCUUCUGUAUAAAUAAAAGAAACGUUUUGUCUGUA